AUGCCAGCGAACUCGGCCCUCUCCAAUCAGGGGACCGGCGGCGGCAACGGCGGGUUUGGUGCCACGCUGAUGCGCUCCGGCAUCAUGUCCACCCUGCUGGGCGGCCUCGGCAACAUGGUCGGCCUCAACUCGAAUGAUUUCAGCGCAGACAGCAACCUGGCGUACCAGCAGGUCGCCUCCGCCUACAGCCUCGGCGCCAUGACCGGCGCACAGGCGUUGGGCGACGGCCGCGACACGUUUGACGGCUUCCCGGCCGACCCAAGCGGCGCCGGCGGGCUGGGCGUGCCGGGUCAACCCAACGCGGUGUUUCAGGGCGGCGCGGCGGCUGGUGGCAACUACAACCCCUACUUUGACACCUAUGGGCCCGGAACCAGCGCCCCAACCACCCAGCGGCCCGCCGCCUUCUCCAACACCGACGGCUACCCCGGCUCGAGCAACGCGAUGGGCGGCGUGGCCCUCGUCGCCAUCGACCGCACCUACUGGCCGGAUGCGCCCGCCAACAUCACCUACCCCUGCCCCACCGGCUAUGGCGAGGGCAUGCAGAUCGCGCCAGGCAUCCCCUGCGGCAUCGCGCUCACCGCGGUGCCGGCCAACAUGCUGCCCACCAUUGGCUGCACGGGCGUCGCCAACACGCAAGCGCCGCCCGGCGGCCUGCCCUGCGGACCGGCUGUCGUGGCAAAGAUUCCCAUCACAGGCGGCGCCGGCACCGGUGGCACGGCGUCGCCCUCCGGGCCGCUCAUCGGUCCCGCCACAGGCGCCGCGCCUGGCGGCGGCGCAGGCACGCCACCGCCGAUCGCGGCGGUGCCACCGCCGAUCCUCCCCAUCACAGGCUCGCCCGCGCCGGUGGCGGCGCCCCCGAUCCUGCCGCCCGCGCCCGCGCCGUCGCCGGCGCCGGCGAGGCCGCAGUGGGUGUGGGUGAACAACGAGUGGGUGUGGGCCGGCACUGAGGAGAGCGGCAGGCAGGUGCCCGAGAGCGGCUCAUACCAGCAGGCGCCGCCUACAACCGCGGCAGCUGCAGCGUUGCCAAAGUGUGCCCCUGGGUACAUCUACAGCCAAAAGCUCAGGCGCUGCGCCUCUUGCGUGGCUGGCACGUUCGCGGACGCAAAGAAACACCUGUGCGUCAGCUGCGGCCCAGGCUACCACUCCCCGGCCGCCGCCGCCACGUCCUGCAAGCCAUGCGCUGCGGGGACGUUUUCGCAGUUCCGGGGCUCAACGCAGUGCACGCGCUGCGCGGCGGGCAAGAUGAGCGCCAAGGCGGCAUCAGGCUGUGUUCCCACGGCCAAGCCAGCGCCCGGGAAUGUGUUUGGGGACAUUUUUAGCCGUUAA